AGCGAGCAGAGGCAUCAGCUCCACACAGAGACACAGCAAAAAGAAAGAGUAACCCUCUUUGUUUUGCUCGUUCGCUCGCUCCAGUCGGCUACUCUCAACAGCUACUCCUAGCCUCAGCUACCCACAAACCACUGCAGAGAUGAACGCAGGCGCAGCACCCGGUGGAAGCAAAGCCGCUCCUCCCAAGUUCAAGCAGAAGGAGACCAGGCAGUUCAAGAGCAAGGCCCCCAAAGCCGGACAGAAGGGAUUCGAUGAUGUUCCUGGAAUGGAAGGUCUUGGAGAUGCUGAAGUGGUUUGUCCCUGGGAGGCAUUUGGAGACAUGGAGCUGAGUGACCUGGCACAGUUUGGCAUCGUCUAACCUGGUUCAGACCUGGUUCAGACCUGGUUCAGACCUGGUUCAGACCUAGUUGUGCGUCUCUGUAUUAUGUUUCUCUUCUUGAUCUCGCCUCUAAAGUCCAGCACUUCUGUAAAUUGUGAACAUUGUACGGUGCUUGGUUUUUAGGGAAAAGAUAUUAUUUUAACAUUUAA